AUGGCCGAUCUACUGUUACCAGAGACCAUGCACGCCGGUGAUCGUGAUGCAUCGAGGAGGCUCGAUGGCCCCAUCCACUCCGAAAAGCACAUCCGAGUCAUCUGCGUAGGCGCCGGAGCCUCGGGUCUUCUUGUGGCCUACAAGAUGCAGAAACACUUUCAAAAUUUCUCGCUUGCCGUAUACGAAAAGAACGAAGCGGUAUCGGGCACCUGGUGGGAGAACAAGUAUCCUGGUUGUGCCUGCGAUGUGCCCUCUCACAACUACACAUGGAGCUUCGAACCCAAGCUUGACUGGUCCGCUGUAUAUCCACCAGCGAAAGAGAUCUUCGCGUACUUCGAAGGCUUUGCGAGGAAGUACGCCCUCUACCAAUACGUCAAGCUCCAGCACCAGGUUGUCGAGUCGUCUUGGAACCACCAGGCCGGCGGGUAUGACGUGAAGAUCAAGGACCUUGCCACAGGUGCCAUCGUCGAGGAUCACUGUGAUGUUCUCAUCAAUGCUGGCGGCAUCCUCAACAACUGGAAGUGGCCUGCUAUCCCUGGCCUCGACAAGUACAAAGGCGUUCUCCUCCAUACCGCCAACUGGGAUGAAUCCGUGAGCCUUGAGGGGAAACACGUCGGCCUUAUCGGCAACGGCUCGUCUGGUAUCCAGGUCCUGCCUGCCAUCCGCGACCAAUGCAAAAAGGUCACGACAUUCAUCCGUGAGCCCACCUGGGUCUCUCCAGUUCAAGGCCUCGAACAGCAUCGCUUCUCGGAAGAAGAGAAGCGUGAGUUUGUGGAGAACCCUGCCGCACUGCUUGAAUACCGCAAGAACAUCGAAUCCGGCCUCAACGGUCAAUUCGGCAUCUUCCUCAAGAACAACCGCAUCAACCGCGACACCCACACCUACAUGACCCAGCAGAUGAAGGAAAAGCUCGGCGACGCCUACCUCGAAGAAAAGCUCAUCCCAGACUGGAGCGUCGGGUGCCGUCGUCUGACACCCGGCGUAGACUAUCUCGAGUCCCUUACCAAGCCCAACGUGUCGGUUGUCUACGGCGAGAUCAAAUCCCUCGGCGAGCGUGGCCCCAUUGGCGAAGACGGGCGUGAGCACCCCGUAGACAUCCUCAUCUGUGCCACCGGCUUCGACACGUCGUUCCGUCCCCGCUUCCCCAUCAUCGCCCCUAGCGGCGAGAACCUCCAGGACAAGUGGUCCGGCACGCCCGAGUCGUACCUCGGCAUCGGCGUCGCCGGCUUUCCCAAUUACUUUAACAUGCUCGGCCCCAACUGCCCCAUCGGUAACGGACCCGUCCUCUCGGCCAUCGAGGCCCAGGCCGACUGGAUGCUCAAGGUCAUUGACCGCCUGCAGAGCACAAACGCUGUGCAGAUUGCGCCCAAGGAGCAGGCCGUGCGCGACUUUGUCGAGUACAAGGAGUGGUUCAUGACCAAGACGGUCUGGUCCGACCCCUGCCGCUCCUGGUACAAGCCCCGCGCCGAUGGGCCCGUCGUCGCCCUGUGGCCCGGCUCGACGCUGCACUACAUCGAGGCCCUCAAGGAGGUCCGCUUCGAUGACCUCGACAUUGUUCACGCCGGCAACAGGUUUGCCUGGCUCGGUAACGGGUACUCGCAGACCGAGCUGGACAACUCGGCCGACUGGGCCUUCUACAUCCGGAACCGGGAUGACGACGCCCCGCUCACAACGGGCGGGAGGCGGAAGGUGCUUUCGAAGAGCGGCACGGUCAAGUCGCGCGAUAUUGUUGUUUUCAGUGGCAAGAGGGACGAGGCGGAGGUGCAGAAGGAGACAGCGCGAUUGUAG